CCAACCCCGUUCCCCCCCGCAGGCAGUGACGCGGCCUCCCAGCAGGAAUUCACCUCCUGCCUCAAGGAGACCCUGAGCGGGCUGGCCAAGAACGCCAACGACCUCCAGAACUCGCCGGGAUCCGAGGAGGAGCUGGCCAAGGCCCUGGAGGGGCUGGGGCUGGACGAGGGCGGCGGGGACGGCAUCCUGCCCGUCAUGCGCAGCAUCAUGGAGUCCCUGCUGUCCAAGGACGUGCUCUACCCCUCCCUCAAGGAGAUCACCGAGAAGUACCCGGAGUGGCUGCGGCAGCACGAGGGCUCGCUGUCCCCGGAGCAGCGGGCGCGGUUCAGCCAGCAGCAGGCGCUGAUGCUGCGGAUCUGCGCGGAGCUGGAGCGGGAGCGGCCCGAGGAGCCCGAGGGGCAGCGCCGGGAGCGCUUCGAGACCCUGCUGGACCUGAUGCAGCAGCUGCAGGACCUGGGCCACCCCCCCAAGGAGCUGGCAGGGGACACGCCGCCAGGACUGAGCCUGACUGGGGAGCAGUGCCGCCUCAUGUAGGGCACAUUUGGGGUGUCCCCCUGGCUUUGGGGUGCCCCCAUGGCUUAGGGGUGUCCCCAUGGCUUUGGGGUGCCCCCCUGGCUUUGGGGUGCCCCCCUGGCUUUGGGGUGACCCCACAGAUUUGGGGUGACCCCACAGAUUUGGGGUGACCCCCUGGCUUUGGGGUGACCCCACGGCUUUGGGGUGCCCCCCACCCCAAAGGAGCUGAAGAGGAGCCCAGCAGCGGGGUUGGCGCCUCCCCCCCCCCAAAUUUGGGGUUUUUUGGGGUGGGGGGCGCAGGGACCCCCCCAUGUGGGGAGGUGUCCCCCCCUCAGCCCCGGUGACCCCAAUAAAGAGUUGGUGACGGGAA